AUGGCCAUCCCACUCGCCUAUUCCCUAUUCCUCCCACCUACCCCUGAUCUACUCGUCGAGUUUACCGAAUCUGUCUAUCGUUAUGGUCGUUCUGACGCUUCCCUCCCCGCUAGGAAUAACAAAAGGAUCGAUACCAAGUCUGCUUCCGCGACUAUCGUUUCUCCUACCGCUACUCUUUUCAUUUCUAAUUCAAACCUCACUGCUACUGCCUACUUCAAGAUGAAGGAUACAUCCGCUUCCCGCCAAAGCCUCACUACCUGCUCGCGCGCCGACUCCAUGAAGCCCUACCCUCGUGGCAAGCCAGCGUCGCCCAAGAAGAGACUAGCUGUCGGUGGAGAGCUCCCCGCUCUCUCACCCGAACAGCAAGUCGCUCUGCAGAACCAGCUUUUGCCGGACCGGACAGAGUCGUUCUUGCCCCCCAACUUGACGAUUGCGCAGCUGCGUCAAAUGUCCAGGGCGGAGGGCCAGUUGCAAACUGAGAACGCCCGCUUGCACACGGCUUCAAAGUCCAAGAAGAAGAGGGGUCCCACGGUUCCUGCUCCGAUCACUGAUGAGCAGCGCGCCCGCGGAAGGUUGUUGCGCUACAUCUCCCUCUACGAAAAUGAAUACCGUGAGGAGAUUCUCGAGUACAUGUACAAGAUGCAGGAGGUCACCCAACCAUCGAGGACCGCCAUGGAACAGCAGAUCGACAUUGACCUGAGCAUGCGCCCAAGCCUCAUCGACUUUAUGAUCGAGCUCCAUAACGUGUUCCAUUUGCGCCAGGAGACCCUCUACCUUGGCAUCAACAUCCUCGACCGAUACUGCUCUCGCCGUACCGUCUGGAAGAAGCACUACCAGCUCGUUGGCUGCACCGCUCUCUGGAUCGCGGCCAAGUUUGAGGAUUCCAAGGACCACGUCCCGACGGCUGCCGAUCUCAAGCAGUACUGCCGUGACGUGUACGAGGAGACCUCGUUCAUCCAAAUGGAGGGUCACGUCCUACAGACUAUUGAAUGGCAGCUUGGUCACCCGACCUGCGAAGCUUGGUUCCGCUGCAUGGUCAACACCCUCGAUCGCUCGGGCUCGCAAGCCUCCAAGGAGAUGGCCAUCCGCCAGGGAUGGGUCGGCCUCCCCGAAUUGGAGACCCACGGUGUGCCCGUGAUCAUGGCUGAUCUCUCUACUCAGUGCAUUGCCCGUUAUUUCAUGGAGGUCAUGAUCUACCAAGACGCCUUGAUUGACGUUCCUCCUUGUGUGAUUGCCGAGGCUGCUCUGAUCUUGUCCAAGCGUUCCAACGAGUCGCCCGCCGCCUUGCACGUGGCGCGUUAUAUGCACGACCAGCUGUCGACCAACAUCGGCAGCAUCUCGCAGACAGUCUUUAACAAGUACAAGGAGUCUCUCUUUGAACGCGCGUCUACCAUCGUCACCCAGUUCUACUUGGUUCUCCAUGGCGAUGCCCUCAAGUAUUUGGAAGACUUACCGGAUGUAGAAGAAGCAUUCGCAAUCAAACAAGAAGAAGGCCAGGAUGUCAAGCCUGCCGUCGAAGAUGCGAUAGUAAAAACGGAAGAUGAUGCAGCCGCCGAGGCUGGAAUCGGCUUUGCGGACUCUGGAUAUGCAAGUGUCGGUGACGAACACGUCGGGGCCUGUGGGACAGCUCCAUCCUCCCCAGUCAAGGAUGUAGCCUCAAAGGACGCACCGGCGGCGGCUCGUCUGCCUCCAUCUCCGUCCUCGAAGCUACCAUCAUCCGACGACGUGUCCUUGGUCAAGGUCGAGCCGACCGACUAA